AUUAAUAGAUACUCCUCUCACUCUAGAUAUGUACUCUCGGAACAGAUGUUCACGUUGCAGCGCAAGAUAUUAUUUACGAUGAACACGAGAGGCUGGUGGUGAUGCGAACGUGCCUGCUGGGCGAUGAAAGAGUCCUGACACUGUUACCAUUUUGGAUCUUAAACGUCAACAGUGUUUGAUAGGAUAGAAAAAAGGUCGGCCACAUUUCGGUUGCGCGAUUUAUUUAGGGGUGAUUUCAUGGAGCGGGCGGGCGCGGCGAAGGGUGUCAGGCUGCAGGGUCCGGACACCAGAUGAACUACAGUAAUACACUUUAACGUGACGUUAGCAUGCUAGUUGAGGUGAUGAAGCACUGAUUGUGAAAUACUUUGAACCGCUCACAUCAUGGCGACCAACGGCUGCGACCUGACGACAGGGAUGGGGGAAAUCAUCCAGUUGAACGUGGGUGGGACGCGGUUCAGUACCUCCAGACAGACCCUCAUGUGGAUCCCUGACUCUUUCUUCUCGAGUCUGCUGAGUGGAAGAAUAUCCACUCUUCGGGAUGAAACUGGAGCUAUAUUUAUUGACAGAGACCCCAUGGCCUUUGCACCAAUUUUAAAUUUCCUCCGAACCAAAGAACUGGACCUGCGCGGUGUCAACAUCAGUGUUCUGCGGCAUGAAGCUGAAUUCUAUGGUAUAACUCCCUUAGUGCGGCGCCUUCUGCUGUGUGAAGAGCUGGACCGCUCAUCAUGUGGCAGCGUUCUUUUCCAUGGUUACCUUCCGCCUCCAGCUAUUCCUGGCCACAAGUCAAGCUCCACCUCUUCCUGUGACGAGCGUUCAAAUCCCAGUGGAGCAGAGGGAUUCAGCUAUGUUGGGGCCCUUCCUCAUCCUCCCCUCCCCUGUUCACCAGGAUUAGAUGAAACUCAUAAACUCGGACCAGACCCUCGCAAGGUGCUGAUCAUAGCCGGACACCACAAUUGGAUUGUAGCAGCGUAUGCACACUUUGUCAUCUGCUACAGGAUAAAGGAAUCUACCGGAUGGCAAGAGGUGUUCUCCUCUCCCUGCCUUGACUGGACCAUUGAACGCAUCGCACUGAAUGCCAAGGUGAUGGGCGGCCCGCACGGAGACAAGGACAAAAUGGUGGCCGCCGCGUCUGAAAGCAGCAUCAUCCUCUGGAGCAUCCAAGAUGGAGGCAGCGGCAACGAGAUCGGCGUGUUCAGCCUGGGAGUGCCUGUGGAUGAUCUCUUCUUCAUCGGAAACCAACUGGUGGCGACGAGCCACACUGGCAAGGUCGGAGUGUGGAAUGCUGUCACGCAGCACUGGCAGGUUCAAGAUGUUGUUCCCAUCACGAGCUGCGACACGGCCGGAUCCUUCCUGUUACUAGGUUGCAACAAUGGCUCCAUCUACUACAUUGACAUGCAAAAGUUUCCACUGAGGAUGAAAGACAACGAUCUCUUGGUGACGGAGCUUUAUCACGAUCCCUCAAACGAUGCCAUCACCGCACUGUCUGUCUACCUCACGCCUAAAACCAGUGUGAGCGGGAACUGGAUUGAAAUCGCCUACGGGACCAGCAGUGGCGCAGUGAGAGUCAUCGUCCAGCACCCAGAGACGGUCGGCUCUGGCCCUCAGCUCUUCCAGACUUUCACCGUGCACAGGAGCCCCGUGACCAAAAUCAUGUUGUCCGAGAAACACUUAGUCUCAGUGUGUGCCGACAACAACCACGUUCGCACGUGGACGGUGACCCGCUUCCGAGGGAUGAUUUCCACCCAGCCGGGUUCCACACCCUUGGCCUCCUUCAAAAUCCUCUCGUUGGAGGAAACCGAGAGCCACGGCAGCUACUGUUCAGGAAAUGACAUUGGUCCAUUUGGAGAGCGAGAUGAUCAGCAAGUAUUCAUCCAGAAGGUCGUCCCCAUCACCAACAAGCUCUUUGUGAGGCUCUCGUCCACUGGAAAAAGAAUCUGUGAAGUGCAGUCAGUGGACGGGACCACCAUCUCUUGCUUUAUGGUGCGGGAGUGCGAGGGUUCAAGCCGGAUGGGCUCGCGACCUCGCCGCUAUUUGUUCACCGGUCACGGCAACGGCAGCAUCCAAUUGUGGGACCUGACCACCGCCAUGGAUACUGCCAACAAAGGAGAGGAGAAGAAAGACGAUGUCGGCGGUCCCACCGAGGAAGAACUUCUGCAGCUGUUGGACCAAUGUGACCUGAGCACGUCCCGCUGCGCCACGCCAAACGUUAGCCCCGCACCCUCGGUGCUGCACCACACGCGCCUCAGAGAAUCUUGCUCAAGUGUGCAGUUACAGGCUCAGAAAGUCAUUCCCGAGAACCAGGUGACGUAUGGAGCUGUGCGGCCCUACAGGGAGAGCCCCCUUCUCGCCCGCGCCAGAAGAACAGAGUCCUUCCACAGCAACAGAGACUUCCAGAACUUCAGCCUGAGUCGUGACAUCCUGGACAGCACAGAUCAGAGCUCCGGUCAUCCCGCGGACGCUCGCCGUUCCCUCUGUGAUUUUGGGUCCGAGGAGAGUGAGAGGAGGUUGUCCGCCAUGGAGCUGUGGACCUGCCGCAGCAACAACGCAAGCAACGCACACGCUUCGACCGCUCCCGGCAGGACGAAGGCUGACGGCGGGAGUCAGGAAUGUGCACGGCAGCCCCCGGACAGCCCCGUCCCCGGAGGAGCAGACGUCAGACGGAAAGUGCACCUGCACCCCGAGGAAGGGGACUGCGCAGGAGCCUCUGCAGAAGGGGCAAAAGCGGAGGGAAGCGCCAAGAAGAGGGGAGUGCUGGAGGUGGGCUUUCUGGGAAGGAAGAGGGCACCCCCGGUCCCUCUCCUAUCAUCGGGAUCGGAAGGCGGCGGCAGCGACUCCUCCGCCAACGCUUCUCCUUCCCCCACCAAACUGACGUCGUGCACUUCGCCACGACACAGGAAAUUCACUGCUGAGCCGUCUGGUCAGGACAGCAGCCUGUGACCGAUUCCUCCCACAGUUCAAAAAAUUGUGACUGACAGGUGUUCAGUCCAAUAUCUAACCACUAUCUCAUCCGUAGGCUGGAUUCACAUUGCAAGGUUUGAAAAGUUUGAGUUAUACAAUUCCAUUCAUUAAAUUAGAAUUCUUCAAUUGAAAUAAAUGGGAAUGAACAGGAAUACGGGUAGAUGGAAACUAAAAAUGAAUUGAAGGUUGGCUCUUGAGAGGGAAUUCAAAUAUAUUUGGUGAAAAUAUAUGUUUUGAUACCUUAAAUAGAAUAUUUAAGGUACUGUUAUGUCCUCGCAUGUGCACUAGGAACGCUGUUGAAAAUCGAGGUUGCAUGGACGAUUUAUGCUUCAAUAUGAUAGAUACCUCACCAUUAAGUUACCAGUUCGUCUAAAUCGAAACUACAACAAAAGCAUCCCAUAUGGUCCAAAUCUGUGACGUCAGAGCUUCAUAGAACACGAAUUAAAAUAACUGCUUUAAGCGGCUCCUGGUAUAAUGUGGAGGUUUAUCCUCAAUUGAAUCGAAUGAGUCAACUAAAACACUAGGUUUAAAUAACUGUAUUAUCCAUAUUAAUAUAUAUACAUAUAUUAAUCCAGCCUAAGUCUCCAAGGUGAAACUCCAGCUAAACUGCGAGCCUGAACUGGACGAGCCAAUGUUAAUGGAAACGGCAACAUAAACUGGAGUCAAAUGGUACAAGACAUUCCCAUAAAAGUGAAUACAUAAUAUACAGUGUUCCCUUGCUAUAACGCUGUUCACAUUUUACGGCCUUGCUGUUUCACAGAUUUUUUUUUUUUUGUCAGCAUAUUAUGCUUUUUUUAACUGUAAAAUACAGUACUGUGAAUGGGAAAAAAAUCAUCCAUCCAUUUUCUCAUCCGAUUAUCCUCACAAGGGUCACAGGCGUGCUGGAGCCUCUCGCAGCUGUCUUCAGGGAGUAGGAGGGGGACACCCUGAACUGGUUGCCAGCCACUUGCAAGCCACAAACAACCAUUCACACUCACACUGAUUGACAAUUUAGAGUGUUCAGUUAACCUGCCAUGCAUGUUUUUGGAAUGUGUGAGGAAACCGGAGUACCCAGAGAAAACCCACGCAGGCACGGGGAGAACAUGCAAACUCCGCACAGUAAGCCCGGAGCCGGAAUCGAACCCUGCACCUCUGCACUGUGAGGCGGACAUUUAUGAAACCAAAAAUUAUAUAUAAUAAUCUACUAAGCAAAAACAAUACCUCCCUCAUCAACCUUUACUUUGCACAUUUCACUUUUCGCGGGUAUUUUUUUGGGAACAUAACCCCUGCGACAAACAAGGGAACACUGUAUUACGUACAAAUUUAGUGUAAUGUCCUCAAAGCAUUUUAGCGACAGUAGAGCAAAAGGGUUUUACAAGAUACACAUCAGCAAUGUGCGGACAAACAAGAUGGUCACAUAGCGACGAGAAAUGCAAGGUGUCUGCUUCCUGCUUCCAGUCUGCAUUCACCACUUGUUUUAUCACUCGUUUUCUCAUGCUUCAUUGCAUUGAAAGGCACAUACAGGACAUUCGACACGUGCUAAGCAUGCGUCAUUAAAAAAAAAAAGAUACAAUAAAAAUAAA